AUGGAAAUUAAAGUUUUAGCUAAAAGAAAAGUAUCAGCAAAACGUGCAAAUGAAAUAUUAGGAAAAUUUAUUUUAGAAAGAAAAGCAAAUGAAGAAAAUAGAUUAUUUUUAUCAGGAAAUGCAACACCAACAGAGGAUUUAUUUCAAAUUGUAUCAAAUUCAUUAAAUAAAUUUCAAAAUCAUUUAAAUGAAUCAAUUAAUCCAGAAUUAGCAUUAACAGAGAAUAAUAAUAACAAUAAUACAACAAAUGGCGACUCAUCCGAUGAAGCCUUAAUUCCAAUGAGUGAUGAUCAACCAAAUCCAUUAAAAGAUUCUUCAAAUACACUUCAAAUUGACGAUGGUGAUGUUUCAGAAAGAUAUUCUGAUAGUGUUUCAUCUUCAACAACAACAACAAUAAUUACAAAUAAUAAAAAAAUAAAUAAUAAUAAUAACAAUAAAUCAAAAGAUAUCGAUAGUUCAAACUCUACUGAAUCUGAAAAUGAAAAAUCUGUACAAAAAAGUAAAAAAGAAAAAGAAUCUCCCAAAAAAUUAACAAAAUCUAAAAAAUCUAAAAAACAAGAAUCAUCUGACGAAUCCUCAUCAGAAUCAUCUUCAUCUUCAUCUUCAUCUUCAUCAUCAGAGUCUUCCUCAUCAGAAUCAGAGUCUUCAUCAUCAUCUGAAGAUGAAAAAAAGAAAAAGAAAAAGAAAUCCUCUUCAACUUCAUCAAAGAAAUCUUCCUCAAAGAAAAGAAAAGUAGAAUCCUCUGAUGAUUCAGAUUCUUCAUCAUCUGAAGAAGAAAAAAAGAAAAAAAAGAAAAAGAAAUAA